ACGGCAUGGAGCGCUUCUCGCUGCUCAGCAUCUCGGGGCCCCGGGCCUCCUGCUCAGCUCUGACCGCCCUGCCCGGCCUCCAGGCCCCGCGGGCCACCAGCCUGCCCGGUGAGCUCUGGGGCCGCGCGAGCCCGGGGCUGCGGCCCUCCGCGGCCCUACCAGGCCCCACCCCCGACGCCCGCGGCCCACCGGGGGACGCCGCCCACCUGGGCACGAACCGGGCAGGGCCGGGCCGGGGGCCGGAGUGCCAGGGGCCAUGCGGGUGCGACAGCAGCUGCUGGGGAUGGGAGGGGCUUCGCUCGGGGAAACCAGCUCCCGGUCCGGUCCUCGAAGGGGCCCGCCAGGCCUUUCAGCACGUUGCCAAGCCCACGUCCCCCACGGAGGUGCCCAGCCCAGUGCGGGCCCCGCCACCGCCGCCACACACGAGCAGCGCUCUCCGGCACGGGGUGGUGCUCUCGCCAGGCUGUGCCGACUCCUGUCCCGACUGCCAGGCUGCCGGAGACCGGCUCCCGCCUCCCGCCUGGUGGGCUGGGGCAGGGACAGCGGAGGGGAACAAGGGCCACGUCCACGACCCCGGGGCAGCGGGGCCUCAGCCCGCCGCCCCCGUCCGUAGGCUCCCUGCUCUCCGAGCCCGAGGCCCUGCCCCACCCGGCCGGCCUGCCGGCCCCUCAGGCGCCCUUUCCUCUGCAGACUGCGUGCUCGGGGAGCCCCCGGACGGGGCGCGGCCCAGGCGGAGCUGCACCAUCUACCGGCCCUGGUUCUCCCCGUACAGCUACUUCGUGUGCCUGGACAAGGAGAGCCGGCCCGAGGCCCCGGGCCUCCCGGAGCUGCCGCGGGAGGAGGGCCGGGGGGACGGCCGCCCGCCCGAGGACGCGGCCGACAGCGCCUGCUCCUCCGCGUCCUCCCCGGACGACACCUGCCCCCGGGAGGCCGCCGCGAGCCCCAGGCCCGGGCCGGACGCCGCGGACCACAUCACGCCCCAGGACCUGCUGCGGGCCUCCCGGGGGCCGCGGGCCCCCCAGAGCGGCUUCCAGUGCGCGGCCUGCUGCCGCAUGUACCCCACCCUGCGCUCCCUGCGCGGCCACGUGCGCGGCGGCUCCCGCGAGGGCUUCAGCUGCCGCGUCUUCUACCGCAAGCUCAAGGCCCUCUGGGCCCGGCCGGCCGACAGGCUGUCCUCGCCCCUGGGCGGCUGCCAGGCCCACAAGUAGCCUGGGGGCCCGGCCUGCGGGGGCUGGGCCUGCGAGGCUCCGGAGAGAGACCAAUAAAUCCGUUACCACAGCUCCGUCCGGUCCGAGUCACCCGGCGCCACCUGCUGGCGGCCGGCCCCACGCCCGCCCCUGCGCGCGGCUCCCUGUUGCCUGGCAACCCGGCCCGCAUCCAGGCCCGCCCGUCCGUUUUCCUCUCCCUCUCUCCCCCCUAUCGAUGGCACCUACGGUUUGGGGGGGGUCCACUGGGAGGGCAGUGAGUUCUCAGCCUGAGGAGCCCGGACUGGCACUGUCAGCUCUGGGGACCCCAAAGGGUGAAGGUUCCCAGGCCUGCAGGGCACCCCGAUGCCGCUCGAGCGUGAGGCCUGCCACCCUCACACGCCAGCC